AUGGUCUGGCUUUCAUCACGAGAUUUGCACCUCGCUGGGACUUCUAAGAAGCUGAGCCCGAGAUAUGUCGGUCCGUUUGCUGUGGAUGCUGUGGUGAAUCCGGUCUCUGUCAGGCUGAAGCUUCCGAACUCCAUGAAGGUCCACCCUGUUUUCCAUGUCUCCCUGCUCAAACCGGUCUUCACCAGUCCCUUGAACCCCCCGCCAGUGCCUCCUCCUGCUCCUCGUGUGGUCGACGACUCCCUUGGUGGCCCCUUCCCAUCUACAUCCCACCGCUGUCACCACAAACCUAAGAGAUGCCUGCCUAUCCAGUGUGGCAGUGUUGGUGGUCUGCUUCCAGUCAGCCCACUUCUCUUCCACCCAAAUGCUAAGGGUUCCCAAAUUAUCAUGGACCUUGCCCAGAAGAUAGUCAAAAGGCAGGGUAGUUUCUGCAAUGCCAUCACUUUCAGCAACAGGCCAAUAGCCUUGUAUGAGCAAGUUCGUCUCAAGAUUACUAAAAAGCAGUGUUGUUGGAGUGGAGCCUUGCGUCUGGGAUUCACCUCCAAAGAUCCAUGCAGAAUACACCCAGACAACUUGCCGAAGUAUGCCUGCCCAGACCUGGUGUCUCAAAGUGGCUUCUGGGCUAAGGCUCUACCUGAGGAGUUUGCUAACGAGGGGAACAUUAUCGCCUUUUGGGUUGACAAGAAGGGGCGUGUUUUCUACCGCAUAAACGAGUCAAGCCCCAUGCUGUUUUUCAGUGGAGUACGAGCCACCGAGCAACUCUGGGCUCUAAUUGAUGUUUACGGUCUGACCCGUGGAGUGCAGCUGCUAGACAGUGAGAUUGUUCCCCCGGACUGCCUGCGCCCACGCUCUUUCACAACAGUGCGCUCCUCCUCUCUCCACCGUGAAGCAGACGACUCUCGUCUCUCCGUGAGCCUGUGUGACCUCAACCGUCAGCAGGAGGACCUUGGCAACUCCCAUAAUCAUUCACAACAUCACACCCUCCACCUGGCCUCAGCCCCCUCUACCUGUCCCAUCCCGCAAAACUCCCUCAACUCACAACAAUCAUCCUUGUUGCCGUCCAUCCUAGAGAGUGAUCUCCACUUCCACCAGUUGCACGGAACUCAUAUUAAGACUCUAGAUGAACAGACUGUGGCGAGAUCAGAGCAUUCACGUGAGGAGCGCACAUUGGUCUUUACCAACCGCCCCCUGCAAACUGGAGAGUGUGUGUUUAUCAAAGUCACCAAGUCCAGUCCAGCUCGCGCAGGCUCCCUGUCUUAUGGCGUGACAUCAUGUGACCCGGCUGUACUGCGCCCCAGUGACCUGCCAUAUAAUCCAGAAGCCCUAGUGGACAGAAAGGAGUUUUGGGCCGUGUGUCGUGUGCCCACGCCUCUACAAACCAGUGACAUCCUAGGCUUCUUGGUCAACCAAGAAGGGGAGAUCAUCUUAAGCCACAAUGGCACCAAUGUUGGCAUGCAAGUAUGUGUGGACAACUCGCGCCCACUCUGGAUGUUCUUUGGUUUACAUGGUGCAGUCUCUCAGCUGAGAAUUCUGGGCUCCACUCAUGUUGGAGAAACACGGGUCGGGUCGAUCCCCAGUUCGCCCUCCUCAUCACCGCACUCUCCAAGUGGCCUGGGCAGCGGCAUUUCAGAUCCCAUCCUCAACGGGGGCAUGUGCUCUGCAGCUUACUGCAGCUCAGCAGGGGGAACAACACAGAAUUCUCCAGUCAGCCUGCCUAAGUCUCCUACGUUCCCAUCAGGUCGCGGGCUUCGGUCCGAUGAGUGCUCGAUCUGUUAUGAGAAUGCGGUGGACACAGUCAUAUAUGCCUGUGGACACAUGUGUCUUUGCUAUAGCUGUGGGCUGAAGAUCAAGAAAAUGUCCAACGCCUGCUGUCCCAUCUGCAGAAGGCAGAUUAAAGAUAUUAUCAAAACCUACCGAAGUACAUAA